GCUAGAGAAUCAAAACUGUUCCCAGUUAACAACUUUUCUUUUUAUAUAUAUAGGAAAAUCUUCUUCUUCCCAUCUCCUUUGUACGUCUUCAGAAAUGGCUUCUUCGUUGCCAUCCAAAGAUUUUCAGGAGGGAGCUGUUGAUUGUGAGCCUGAAAACGUUCUGCAAAAGCAUGUUGCGUUCUUUGACAGAAACCAUGAUGGCCUUGUUUAUCCAUGGGAGACUUUUGCGGGUUUUCGAGCAAUCGGGGCUGGUUAUUUGUUGUCGUUGAUCAGUUCUUUCUUCAUCAACGUUGCUCUCAGUCGCAAAACUCGCCCUGGAAAUCCUUUUUCUCUUGGCUCUCUUAUGUUUCCGAUUGAGGUUAAGAACAUCCAGUUUGCAAAACAUGGGAGCGAAUCUGGUGUUUAUGAUACUGAAGGAAGGUUUGUCCCCUCGAAGUUCGAACAAAUCUUCACCAAAUUCGCUCGUACUUAUCCCAAUGCCUUGACAUCAGAUGAACUAUCGGCAAUGCUCAAGGCUAACAGGGAACCCCAAGAUUACAAAGGAUGGAUUGCUAGCUGGACGGAGUGGAAGACUUUAUACUUUUUGUGCAAAGACGAUCAAGGAUUGUUGAGGAAGGAGACGAUUAGAGCUGUUUAUGAUGGAAGCUUGUUUGAACAAAUGGAGAGGGAGAGAUCAGCGGCUGCCAAAAAGAAAGAGUAGUUAUUAAACUACCAUGCUUUUUUACAUUGAUUAAUUAGCAAAAGGGUUUAGUUAAUUUGUGGUUUUUAUUAUGAAUUCUUUGGUGCAUUUUGGUUUGAGGAUUGGAAUCUGUAUAUUAAUCGUUUGAAGCAAUCACGUUCGAUUCAUGGUUA